AUGCUGAGCUGGUAAAUGGGAUGAGCAGCAAUGAUCAGGCUGGAAUCUUGAUGGGACCCUUGUACUUGGGACCCUCAGAAACAAAGAUCCAUGCUUCCUCCCACAGGAACUGCUUUAGCUGCUCUGUGUCUUUAAGAGACUGACACUAUCCCACAAGUGAGACAUUAUAAAGGCAGGUAAUCAGCAGCACUUGGAUCAAAGAGCUGAGAGCAAGGCAGAGCACAGCAGCCUGCAUAAUGACGGGUCACCACUGCUGGGGAUAUGGGGAGGAUGACGGGCCUUCUGAAUGGUACAAGUCCUAUCCUAUUGCUCAGGGAGAUCGUCAGUCACCUAUUGAUAUAGAGUCCACAAAAGCAGUCUAUGACCCUCAUCUGAAGCCUCUCACCAUCUCCUAUGAAUUGAGUACAUCUCUUAGCAUCUCCAAUAAUGGCCACUCAGUCAUGGUAGAGUUUGAAGAUGCUGAUGACAAGACAGUGGUCAAAGGAGGGCCACUUGAAGGUUCCUAUCGGCUAAAGCAGUUUCAUUUUCAUUGGGGGCAGAAGCAGAGUCGGGGAUCAGAGCAUACAGUUGAUGGCAAACCUUUUCCUGGUGAGCUCCACUUAGUUCAUUGGAACGCCAGAAAAUAUGCAACAUUUGGAGAAGCAGCAGCAGCUCCAGAUGGCUUGGCAGUCGUCGGUGUUUUCUUGGAGACUGGAGAAGAACAUGGUCAUAUGAACAGACUCACUGAUGCCUUUUACAUGGUAAAAUUUAAAGGGACAAAAGCUCAGUUCAGAAGCUUCAAUCCAAAAUGCCUCCUGCCCUUCAGCCUAGAUUAUUGGACCUACCCUGGUUCUCUGACAACACCUCCUCUAAAUGAGAGUGUAACAUGGAUAGUGAUGAAAGAGCCUAUCAGGAUUUCUGAGAAACAGCUGGGGAAAUUCCGAACCCUUCUCUUCACCAGUGAGGAAGACCAGAAGAUCCAGAUGGUGAAUAAUUUUCGCCUCCCUCAGCCUCUGAAGGAGAGAACAAUUCGAGCUUCCUUCAAGGCUUGAAAAAGAAAAUUAAUAUUGAGCCUCAGCAAUCGAAGUGCUUCCAUGUUCAAAAAACCAGAAAAGACCUGUGGUCUUCAGAUAUUACUGUAUCAUUCCCUGGCCACCUCACGUUUUAGUGCAGAAAAACAAAUCAGUACCUCUUGGUUUAACACUUUACAUGGGCCAGAUUUAUUCUUUUAAAAAAUAUCAUGGGAUCUUGUUUACUAAUAAAAGGACAUUUUUAAGAAACUGGGAUAUUUUAGUAAUCCCAGGUGCUCUCCAGAAGAAUGGUGUGAUGAAAUUCUACAGAAUUAUUAAAUGCAAUUUUAUGUUUUUAACUGAGUAUUUUAGAAUGAGAAAUUGCUUGUGAUGGGCAAAACUUUUAAUAAUAGAGCUGUUAUCAACUACUGUAGAAAAGCCACUAAGCUAUGAUAGGAAAAGUUCAGUAACAGUCAUGUGCUGUAAUGACAAGGAAAUCAGAUGCUUCUGCCUUCCUUCCACUGAUUUCCUUUGGAAUCUGUCCUAUUUGUCCAAUUACUCUCAUUCUGAAAAUUUCCUGAUCAUAUUUUCAUUGACUACUGUCGCCUUUUCACAUCUCUGAGCAGAAAGACUAAACCAGUAGCAGUAAGAAUUAUGUCAUUUUCUCCAUUCAUUUCAGGUGGGCAUGAAUUUCACGACUCCUAAAUAUUUGGAUGUUAUGAUGUUGUUAGCUUAUGUCAUGUUAUAAAUGUACUCAGCACCCCACGAGCAAACCAUUUCACUGCAGAUCACUGCAUCAAGCAUUUUUCCAAAGCCCUCGGACCAUGGGGACAUACCUAGUGCCCUAUGUUUAAUUCAGUCAGAAGGAGUUUCCUUAUCAAGUCAGGCAAAUUUGUAGCAAUUUUUGUAGCAUAUAGGAUGGUAAUCCUAUGGCCUGUUCAAAUUCUACCUCAGGGAAGUGCAUUCCCCUGAAAUGUGGUUUCCUUCAUUUCUUGCCCUGAAGUAUGUGGUGGUGGGGUGCAUUGUGAAGCAGAUGCUCCAUUCCACUCUGGGGGCUCACCUUAGUAUAAUUAAUUGACUUCAAUGGAGUUGCACCUGACUAGACCUGGGGUGCGAAUCAGCCCCUAGAUGUGGCUGCAUUCUAGAGAUAAGGACUCCAAAUCACUGAGACGCUUCAACACUGAGCACUUUUACCUCCUCAGAAUACAGGUACCCUAAAUGAGCCAAAUAUAAAUAGGAUCUGAAUUUCUGCCACUUUGCUGGCAAAAAUCUCAAGGGACAUGUUUUGCCUCUACUAAUGUAAAUGGUGCUGAAGUUAGCUGCAGCAGACAUCUGUGCAUUCCAGUUAGUCACCAACAAUGUCCAACCCUAUUCUAAACAGCCGAUGCAAUUUGUGUAGAAGUGAUACAACCAAAUUGUUCUCUCAAAUCUCAUUUCUUCAAGUUAGGCUGCUCGUCACUUCCCUCCUAUUUUGAAACAAGUUGUACAGCAUAAGAGAAGCAGAGAAAAGAAAAGGGAGAUGUUGGUUCCUGCGCAAAUCUCUGUAAAAAGAGAGGGAAGCUGGUAUUGUGGUUGAAGCACAGGGCUGAGAGCAAGGAGAUCAGGGCUCUUUUGUAGGCUUCCCAUACAGCUUGUAUAUUCACUAGAACUCUCCAUCCUUCCAUGUCCUCAUCUGUAAAAUGGGGAUAAUAACACUUACCUACCUCACAGGGAUGUUGUGAAGACUAAUUCAGCAAUGGUUAGAAAGUGUUUUGAAUGACUUAGCUGGAAGCUGCUAGAGAAGAGGGAAAUAAUUAUAAAUUGCAAUGCACUGGCCAUAAUUAAUUGUAACUUGUGCAGCUAGUUAUGCAAGCUGCUAGUACAGAAGGCAGGAUAUUCUUUAUGCGGUAUUUUCAAUGUAUUUGACAAAGUAGAUAAAUUGCUGUUUUUUAAAUCAAAUGUGGGUAUUGUGUGUUGUCUUGCUCGAUCUCUCUCUUCAGCAGGUCUACUCUUAUGCUGCAUUAGAGGGAAAAACUUCCUGUGGCUGUAUCUUGCUUUCUCUAUGACUCCCUUUCACCACUAUCACAGGAGGGAGGUCAGGGUGGCACCAUCAUAGAGAAAUGUAGUUUUGUUGUCUUGUCCACUACUGUCUGGAGCAAGUCAAUAAUGGAUUAAGGGAGAUUCCAAACUACUUACUGACUUAAGUGUUCUGCAGUCCAAAUAGGGUCCUGAAAUAUCACGUAAUGAAACAGUGCAAAAUUGGAUUAUAAACAAUGCACUUGGGCAGACAGCUCUCUAGAACCUCUAUUAUUUCUUCCCCGAAAAACCUGUGCUCAUCUUCC